AUGGAGAAAGUCAAGUAUCGUUGUCGAAGUGUCCACCCUCUUACUUGCAAUGCCAUGAUCUUCACCGGGCUUAUUGUGGAUGCGCAUCUAGAUGAAAUCGUGUUGAGGCAGACGGCAGCUCAGCUGGGAAAAGCGUGGCCUGCUCUGGGAGGGCAGCUUUACCGGUCGUGCCGCCCGUAUGCACUUUCCACUGGCUCGACUGUCGACUUUGCAAGUCGGACGCUUCCCAAAGGUGCAGCAUCCUGGAAACAUGGCGUGCUCCAGUCUAGAGAAUGCAACCAACCGACGAUUAUUGAGGCCCUCGACCCCGAAGAACUGGAUGUUGCUUUUAUCUUCAAUGUACCUGCCAGACCUGCGAAUGUCUUCCUCGUUCGCGUCACGUUUCUCCAGAACGCCACUCUACUUUGCUUCGGCAUCAGCCAUCAUCUGGCCGACGGCACUGCCGCCUACGACGUACUUCGGGCCUAUUGUGACCUGCUCGCGGGCCAACCUAUCACAUCUCCGCUGUUACCACCCGAUGCUUGUGGUCACCGGAUGUCCGACCGAGUGAUACUCAACGACCCGCAGGAAUUGUUGGUUCGAUCCAUAACCUAUGCCGAGCAUCUGGCCAACUUCACCACUGGGUUCUGGCCGACUCUACUACUGAUAGCCAGAGUAGUCUGGUGUCUACUGCUGCGCAAGCUACGUCUGCAGGAAACCUUGGAGGAACGGUACAUUUACCUGCCAGACGACUGGGUAGGCGCCGUGCACAAACGAGCACUCGAUGCUUUUGCCGCCACUCCUGUUGGUGCCCAGCCGACCAGGAACAACCCUCCCCAGCCAGGGACCCACUGGAUUCAUAACAGCAUCGGACUAAUGCGGCAAAAGCUGUCAGUGUCUCAGAUCCAGAAUGAGCCCGUAGCCAUGCUGGCGGGUGAACUCCGUUUGGCCAGCUUGCGAUACACCUCUCCGGCGUCCAUAAAGGCGUUCCUGCGGGUGUGCGAGGAUCAUGCGUCACAACGGAUGUUGCCGAAAAUCCCCGCGAACGGAAGGAUGCCGAUGGUUAUGAUCACCACGUGGACAAGUUUCGAUUUCGCAUGCCUCGACUUUUCUGGAGCUGCAUGCGAUCAGAGCAAACCGGUCAGAGUUCUCUUCGUGCACCCCCUUGUUCGGAGCCUGCGACAGGGAGUGUGGCCGUCUGCAUAUACGCUGAAAGGUGCACAGAAGGGUGGGUAUUGGCUGCGAGCGUGGAAUACUCCGUCGGGAUGGAAGAGGUUCAGUCAAAUGGUGAAUGCUGAUACUCUAUAA